UGAAUGCUGAGAGGAUGCCAGUGGCUGUGGGGCCAUACAGACAGUCCCAGCCAAGCUGCUUCAACCAUGUGAAGAUGGGCUUCAUGAUGGGCUACGCAGUGGGCAUGGCAGCUGGGAUGCUCUUGGGUACUUUUUCCUGUCUCAGGAUUGGAAUGUGGUGUUGGGAGCUGAUGGGUGGCAUCAGGAAAACCAUGAUGCAGAGUGGUGGCAUCUUUAACAUAUUCGUGGCCAUCAGGAUGGGCAUCCAAUACUAAUCAGGGCCAUGGUUCCCCACUACAUCUACCCUUCCCAUCAGUCCCAGCCCAUUUACUAUAAUAAAACAAGUCUUUGAGUUAAAUAAUAAAAACAAAAUAAAAUAAAUCUAAUCAGAUUAAAGAGUCAAUUCCAGAAACCCCAGAACCGAUUCAGAAAACUCAUC